CUCGCCUCCGACCAAUACAUAGGAGGAUGCGCACUCGCACAGGGCUCGUUCAAUGGAUUUCACCUACAUUACACCUUUUUCUCUCUGCCUUCUUACCUUGUGGCAGCAGGAAUACUUCUCUACUCUCUAAGCUCCCUAGGAGCAAGAAGCAAAGAAACAGAAACCCCACGCCCAACGCCCAACGCCACCUCGCCUCCGGCUUCGCCAAUGCAUGUGUUAUCGAUAUCUUAUUAUUGGUGGACAACCGUGUCACAAUGGGCGGUGAAUACGGCACCUGCCGCAGCUCGAGGCCCGUAGUGCUGCAUGGAAACUUCAGCCUGAGACCCUGGUACAGUACAUCCAAAUCUCGACCAUGUCCCACUUUCCAAUUCAUAUCCUCUGCUACCCAGAAUUCACUACAACAAGUAGCUUAUCACCAGUCCCAUUAUUGCCCAUUAGCAAUGGCAGCAGCACCGGCAGAAGGUCCCUCCGACCCGACCUUAAUUGAAGCUACAAUUGAAGUCGAACAUGGCAAUGAAGACGAAGAUGCAAACUCUACUUUCGACCCAAAUGAUGGCACCGCCAGCGACACGACUUCAUUGUCUUCAAGCGUCUCAAAGUAUCGUUACGAAAAUGGAAGACGUUACCACGGGUAUAAGGAUGGCUCGUAUUUGAUACCGAAUGAUGAGAAGCAGCUUAACGUCCAAGAUUUGGGUCACCACUUAUUGCUUCUCCUACUCAGGAACAAGCUUCAUCUUGCACCAAUUCCCGAAAAGCCGCAGAGAAUCCUGGACAUUGGUACUGGUACUGGUAUUUGGGCAAUAGAUAUGGCAGACCAAUAUGAAUCAGCGGAGGUUAUCGGCACAGACUUGGCUCCCACCCAACCAACUUUCGUUCCACCCAAUUGCAAAUUCGAAAUUGACGAUGCAUCAAGUGAAUGGACUUUCACCCCGAACAGCGCGGACCUAGUCUUUUUUCGUUUCAUGCUAGGUUGCUUUGCAGACUGGCCGGCUGUAUACCGCGAAGCAUUUAAGACUCUUAAGCCAGGUGGCUGGCUAGAACACCACGAGGGAACCCCAGACCCACAGUCUGAGGACGGCACUGUCACGCCAGAUAACCCUUUUGGAAGGUGGGGGCUAUUGAUAGCUCAGGCCAGCCAGAUUUUGGGCAAAGACUUUGGAGUGGGGUACCAUACAAAAAAGUUUAUGGAGGAAGUUGGAUUCAUUAACGUUGUCGAGAAGAAGUACAAGCUCCCAAUCGGGAGAUGGCCAGCCGACCCUCGAAUGAAGGAGCUAGGCAUAUGGUACCGCGCAUAUUUCGAGGAUGGUAUGGAAGGUUACGCAAUGGCACUCCUGACUCGCGUUUUGAACUGGGAAUUCCUCGAAGCGCAAGUAUUCUUCGCCCAGCUGAGAGCAGCUUUCAAGGAUAAGAGUAUACACGCGUAUUCCUACUUUACUUGUGUGUACGGACAAAAACCACCAGUUUAGAAGACGAGACUUCCAACGGAAGGUCCUGCCACCUGGAUCUGGCAAAUUUCAUUCUCUAGUACGGCGUCAAAGUUGAUUCAAUUGGCCAGGCAGUAAAUUUCUCAGAUCCUCUCUGCAAAUAUUUGAUUAAUUUCUGUACGUGUUGUUAGUCGUGUUUAGUCUAACUUCCGUACACUGAUACGACCCUUAAUCAGCACAAAAAUUGAUUAGAGUAGUCUUGGAAAUAUGUCACUAUUGGUACUUUGGCAUCAAUAGAAUAUCAGCAUAAUUUCAAAAGUAAACUAGGAUCGCGUACCAUCUGCUGGGACAUUGUACAAGUGACCUACUUCCGUAUAUUCGAGAGGUCCCGAUCAGCCACGGUUUUUAUGGCCUAGACUACGUACUUUGUCGAACACUAGGGAUUUAGAGACGUCUUGAUCCCACA